AUGGAGGAGGAGAGACCUACAAAGCGACCAUGCAUAGAAGGAAAUCUCCAAAAUUACACUGAAGACAACUCGAUGAAGGUUCUGUUUGAAAAUGAUUCUCAAGACUGGGAUGACGACAAUAAUAACUAUCAAACAUGUGACAUUUCAACAAAUACGAAAAACUUAAAUCUUACUGAAAGCAGCACUCAAACUAAUACUACAGAUUAU